GAAGAAGAGAUAAAAAAGAAGCAGAGAUUGAAGAAGUAGAAGAAAAGAAAGGUGCUGAAGAAGGAGACUCUCGUUUGAGUUUUGUAUAUGAAAACUCUUCAACCAUGUUGUGCCAUUCCUUUUGUGAAUGAACUUGAAUCAACUAUAAAGAGUUGCCUUCACUGGUUUUGCCUUCUGUAAUCAUUACGUCGGCGGUUUGUGGAUGGAGAGUGUGAGCAAGAAGAGUGAGUCUCGUUCUGGCGGGUGGGCUGGUGACUCGCCUCAAUAGUGUGUGUAACUCCAUUCCUGGGUUACCUUUUAUGGUGAUCUAUAUAUAACGAAAAACACAAGUUUGUGAAAGUUUGUCGCUUUCAAAAUUUACAGUGCUUUUAGUUUCUUUUUUUUUCUAACGAUAAAAUGAUAAAAAUGUGCGGUAACUGGAAAUGGAGAUUCGUAACACUAGCAAUAAUAUGGAUGAUGUGUGUGAAGGUGAAGUCGCAAUCGGGAACAAAUAUCUGCAUCAGCAGACAAACCUGUCACGAAUGUAUUCAAACGCAAUUCUGUGCCUGGUGCAUGAAACCUGAUUUAAAUGAGCGGCGAUGUUUCUACGCACCGGGUACGAAUAUAUCGAAAUUCUGCGAGGAGGAAUAUGUCUUUUAUCCAUCGAAUAUAUUUAGCAUAAUACAAAAUCGUAAUUUAAGUUCUGAGAUGCAUUAUUCAGAGUCAACAUUCACGGAAACUGAAACAUAUGAUUCGCAAUUUAAUGCGACUUGUUGCGGUGCCGGAAAACACGAUGCAGUUCAGAUAGCGCCUCAGGAAGUUAAUAUAAAAGUCAGAAUCAAUCAAGCGCAGAAAGUAAGAUUUGCAGUUUCCCAGGCUGAGGAUUAUCCAGUGGAUCUUUAUUAUCUUAUGGAUUUGAGUAAAUCGAUGGAGGACGAUAAGGAAAAACUCUCCGAUCUGGGGGAUCUUCUUGUCAGGGAAAUGAGCAGUCUCACUAGCAAAUUUCGAUUGGGAUUCGGUAGUUUUGUCGAUAAAGUCGUAAUGCCCUAUGUGAGCGUCGUACCACAGAAACUUCUCGAGCCGUGUUCAAAAUGUGCUGCUCCGUAUGGUUACAAACACAUCAUGUCACUUUCGGACGAUACGAGCCGAUUUUCUGGUCUGGUGCGUAGUGCCUCAGUUUCCGGAAAUUUGGACGCACCCGAAGGAGGUUUCGACGCAAUAAUGCAGGCAAUUGUUUGUAAAGAUCAAAUCGGUUGGCGUGAUCGAGCCAGAAGACUUUUGGUUUUCUCAACGGAUGCCAGUUUUCAUUUUGCCGGCGAUGGAAAACUAGGUGGAAUUGUAAAGCCAAACGAUGGCUUGUGUCACUUGGAUGCCUUCUCUGGAAUGUAUACGCACUCAUCGAUUCAAGAUUAUCCGAGUAUUUCGCAAAUCAAUCAAAAAGUAAAACAAAAUGCCAUCAAUGUUAUUUGGGCAGUAACGCAACGAGAAAUGGGCACUUAUUCGAGAUUAUGUUCGCAUGUCGAGGGAUCUUCGGCUGGUGUUUUGUCAAAUGAUUCCAGUAAUGUUGUUGAAUUAAUUAAAGAGCAGUACAAUCAAAUUAGAAGUACGGUGGAAAUUCGUGACACGUCUAUCAGUGAGGCUGUUAAAAUUAAAUACUGGUCACAGUGUCUCAAUAAAAAUGGAGAACUCGUGGAGACAAUGAAGUGCGACAAAUUGCAAAAGGGCGAUAAAGUUGAAUUCAUUGCUGAAAUUACUGCCACUCAUUGUCCGAAAAAUCGUUCUGAAUGGAAUCAAACAUUUAUGAUUUAUCCGGUCGGCAUUAAUGAAUCUCUGAGAAUAAAUUUGGAAAUGAUUUGCGAUUGUGAUUGCGAACGACCGGAUCACUCGACUUAUGAGAUAAAUUCACCAAAAUGCAGUUACAGUGGAACCUAUAAAUGUGGAACUUGCGAAUGUAAUCCUCUCAGUUUUGGAAAACGAUGCGAAUGCAAUACUGCGACAAGCGAUCCUUACAAUAUGCAAUCUUGUAAGCGUGAUAACACCAGUUUAGUCGAUUGUUCAGGUAGAGGAGAAUGUACCUGCGGAAUUUGUGAUUGCAACCGUCCCAGUGGUGAAUACGUGAGAAUAUGGGGCGAUUUUUGUGAAUGUGACAAUUUUUCAUGUGAUCGUCGUGACAAUAAAUACUGUUCUGGAAACGGAGAUUGUGACUGCAAUGGAGUUUGUAAAUGUUAUUCGGGCUGGUCUGGAAAAGCAUGUGAAUGCAUAACAUCAACCGACACUUGCAAGCGACCAGGAUCUAAUCUUAUAUGCUCAGGAAAAGGCGAUUGCGUUUGUGGUCAAUGCGUGUGCCGCGUAGAGGACGAAGUUCGCUACUCGGGACUUUAUUGUGAAAAAUGCCUAACAUGCAAAAAUCAAUGUGAAGAACUAAAACCAUGCGUUAUGUGUCAAAUGAAUCACACAGGCAAUAUUACUGCCGAGGAAUGUGCGAAAAAUUGCACAAACAUUAAUGUUGAGGUUGUGGAAAAAAUCGAUAAAACUCUAAUCGAGAAUGAUGAGACGAUUUGUUAUUUCAAGGGCGACGAUGAUUGUACAUAUGUUUAUCUUUAUUAUUACAAUGAGACAAAAUUGGUAAUUCAAUCACAAAAGGAACCCGAUCAUUGUCCGCCAGUGAUUUAUUUACUUGGUGUUGUUCUUGCUGUCGUGGCGGGCAUUGUUUUGACAGGUGUCGCAAUGCUGGCCACGUGGAAAACUUUUGCAACAAUCAAGGAUAAACAGGAAUUCGCCAAAUUCGAGAAGGAGAGAAUGAUGGCCAAAUGGGACGCGGGAGAAAAUCCAAUUUACAAACAAGCAACUUCAACAUUCAAAAAUCCAACUUACGCUGGAAGAUGAUCUCGAGGAUUUCAAAUCAGAAUUUGUAUAUGAAAGGUUUGUAUACAAAUUUCCGAAAUCAGUAACAAUCAUUAAUGAUAAAGAAUUUUGAAGAAAUCCUAUUGGAACAAUAAAAAAAAAUUAUCAAUGUUCUUGCGAAUCAGAUUCGCAAUCGCAAAUAUAAAAAAUUAGUAAUUUUUUCGUGUUCGCAAAGAAAAAAUUAGAAAUCUUGCCAUGAUUCAUAAAAGAUAAAUGAUAAAGAUAAGA